UUGAGAGCUCAUCUCUAUCUUCACGUCCAGAUCAUUAAUCUCAUUGCCUUGGAUAGGGUCGAUACCCUUUUCCAAAUUCAGCAUCUCUGAAUUUUUCUAUGUCGUAGUCACCAUCUCUUCUAUUUUCUUCCAUUGAACAGCUAGCAUCCUCUUUCUCUCCUCUGCAUUUUGUCUAUUUAAGACAUCCUAGAAAACUUUUCCAAUUCGAAACCAUUGCCAAUGGCGGAGCCCUACCCAUAUCGGUCUAACGUUGAUCAGGAAGACCCCGCGUACGCCCCUCUCCCCAGCGGGGCGGAGGAGCCGAAAGGCCGCCGGGCACCGGCCAAGGUGGCGAUUUUGGCAGGGCUUUCCCUGUUGUUAGUCGCGGGAAUGAUGAUUGGUUUCUCGACCGAUACGAGGUCAGACGUCUGUGCACAAGUUGAUGAUGGCCGGUGGUGGACGACCUGCGCAGGAGGCGCGGCGGGGCCGAGGCCGAUACCGGCCGAGACGACGGUCGGGACGGCGCCUCGCGGCGUGAAGGAAGGAGUGUCCGCGAAGUCGAACUGGAUCUUCGCCGGCGUCAACGUGCGGGGUUUCCCGUGGAACAACAGCAUGUUGUCGUGGCAGAGAACGGCAUUCCAUUUUCAGCCCGAGAAGAAUUGGAUGAAUGAUCCCAACGGUCCCAUGUAUUACAAAGGAUGGUACCACUUCUUCUACCAGUACAACCCGGACGGUGCCGUCUGGGGCAACAUCGUGUGGGGCCACGCCGUGUCGGAGGACCUGAUCCACUGGCUCCACCUCCCCCUCGCGAUGGUGGCCGACCAGUGGUACGACAUCAACGGCGUGUGGAGCGGCUCCGCCACGAUCCUCCCCGAUGGCCAAGUCAUCAUGCUCUAUACCGGCUCGUCCAACGAGUCGGUGCAGCUCCAGAACCUCGCCUACCCCGCCAACCUCUCCGACCCGCUCCUCGUGGACUGGGUCAAGUACCCCGGUAACCCUAUCCUAGCCCCUCCGCCGUGCAUCAACAAGUUGGACUUCCGUGACCCGACGACCGCUUGGUACACGUCGGGAGGCAAAUGGCGCUUUGCAAUCGGGGCCAAGGUCAACAAGACCGGAAUGACGCUCGUGUACGAGACCGAGGACUUCAAGAACUACGAGCUCUUGCCAGGCCUGCUCCAUGCCGUCCCCGGGACCGGCAUGUGGGAAUGCGUGGACUUGUACCCCAUCUCGGAAAACGGGUUGGACACGUCGGAGAAUGGUCCGGGAGUGAAGCACGUGAUGAAGGUUAGCCUCGACGACGACAGGCACGAUUACUAUGCGAUCGGGACUUACAACGAGAAGGCCAACACUUGGGUCCCGGACGACCCCGAGAUUGAUGUGGGGAUCGGGAUUAGGUAUGACUACGGUAUAUUCUACGCCUCGAAGACGUUCUACGACCAGAACAAGAGGAGGCGGAUCUUGUGGGGUUGGAUCACAGAGUCGGACAGCGAGGUUGCCGAUGUGCAGAAAGGAUGGGCUUCACUCCAGGGAAUUCCAAGGACCGUCGUUCUCGACACAAAGACCGGAAGCAACCUGCUUCAGUGGCCGGUGGAGGAAGUGGAGAGCUUGAGAUUAAGCAGCAAAGAAUUCGACGGCAUAGAGGUCAAAACCGGGACGGUGGUACCUCUAGAUGUCGGAACUGCCACCCAGAUGGACAUCGUGGCUGAAUUUGAGCUGGACAAACAGGCCCUAGAGGCGACACCCGAGGCCGAUGCUGAUUACAGUUGCGGCGCCAGUGGUGGGGCCUCUCAACGAGGCGCUCUAGGGCCGUUUGGCCUCCUGGUUCUCGCGGACGAUGACCUAUCCGAGCAGACCCCCGUGUACUUCUACGUCGUUAAGGGACCGAACGGCACCCUCAAGACUUCAAUCUGCACUGACCAAUCGAGAUCUUCUGAGGCAACCGAUGUCAACAAGCAAGUCCGUGGGAGCUUUGUCCCUGUACUAGAAGGCGAGAAGUUGUCGCUCAGAAUACUGACGGAUCAUUCGAUCGUAGAGACCUUCGCUCAGGGAGGGAGGAGUUGCAUCACUGCCCGCGUCUACCCCACGAAGGCCAUCUACGGGGCCGCUCGGGUCUUCUUGUUCAAUAACGCCACCGAGGCUAACGUUAAGGCCUCGCUCAAGAUAUGGCAGAUGAACUCCGCUUUCAUCCGCCCGUACAGCCCCCAGUGAUUGAAUCGAAACCAGAAAAAAUGAUUGGACAAACCAUUAUUCCACGAUGGAGGUCGAGGUAGACCAUCGUGUUCAUUUUUUCCGGAACAUUCCCCGUGUUGACCUGUACAAGUUCUUAUCAGUCCCACCCAUUUUCAGUUCACAAGAUGGGCAGGGAAUCUCCAUUUCCAUUUUUGAGUAAA